AUGCCGAGCUCCCCAAACGGCCUUGUCCUUUCCGUCACCUCCUCGAGGCUGAAGUUGACGGCAAAGUAUCAAAGAGCUGUGAUUUGCGCCGGUCGUUCUCCCCAGCUAUUUCCAUCGUGCCGUCUUUCAAUGUCCUUCACUAUCAUGGCCCGACCAACAUCAAGAGCUGCGCUUGUCGAUUCUACUAACUCACCAUCAACUAAAUCGAAGAAUCGCGGGUCGACGAGAGUAAAGCAGGCUGGAUUUCCGUUGGCCUCAUCAUCUAGGAAAUCCGCCCCCACUUGCACGGUCUCGCUGGCUUUUGCGAGUGCCUCCUCGGGCUCCAGCUCGUCCGCAGUUUCUUCAGACGACACUUUCGAUAGCAACUUGAUCCCAUUUCCAUCUUCGGCUAUCUCGUUUCCAAGCUCUCAGUCGUUCGGCGAGUCUGAUGCUGAGAUGUCUUAUUCCGACUUUGAUUCGGUCACGCCUUGUGCGCAGUCCCCCCAAGUCGGAUGGCGGCGCCGGCGGUCGAAUGCUUGCCUAACUCAAACAUUACGGAGUCGAUCAUCUUCCCCAUCCCCCAAAUCCAAAUCGUCCCCAUCGUCGAUACGCAAGCGUUCGCGAAAUAUCGCCAAGCGGCUCAACGCGGAUCUGCAGUUCUUGACGCUACUGCAGCGUAGUGUUGCGUGGAGAUUAGCGAGACAUGGUUUGGGGGAUGAUGCGGUUGAAGUCACGCCUGGGUUUGAAGUGCAGGAUAUGGCACUGGUUGCCCGUCUUCGCUCGUAUCUUAUUGCACAAGGGUGUGGACCGGGCGACGUGGCAACAUCGUUCGACAUGGAUAUUGACUUGACUGUCAAUCUACAUUCACCUAGUACCGCUCACUCCGGACAAACCCAUGUUGCCCCCAUGUCAACCCUUGUAGCUUCGCUGAUCCUACGGCACAGAGAACGGUCGGCGCUGCGCGCUCGCUCUGCCAUCCCAUUCAGUGCCUCUAGUCGCUCAAACGUGUCUCGCGCUGUGUCCCCUUUGGCGCUGUGCGCCGGUCAAUGUUGA